AUGUCAAACAUGUCCAACAUGAGCAAUGACAGUGAAAUGGAGGACUGGGACAUUCUGGAGCCAGAUCUCAACAACAGCAACGUCAGCAAUGGAACCUGGAGUUUGGCAGUGGAGACGAUGGACAAAGAGAACAUGUCAAUGACAAAUAUGACGGAGUGGAAUGAGUGGAACAAUUCUUUGCUGAAGACUGGAGAAAGUGGCAAUGACACGAUGAAUGACACUGACAAUGAGUCGUCAAUGCAUGGCCGCGCUGACGGAGCGGGCAACAUGUUGCAGUAUGACAACGAGUCUGUCAAUGAGUCUGAGAACGACUCUGCCAAUGUCUCUGGAAACAGCAGCAUGGCUGCAAAUGUCCCUUCGACUGAGGAGCAAUCCGUGGGCGCACAAUCGAGAUCGGCUUGCCAAGACAGUGCUGAUUGCUCCUGGAUCAUCGGUGACUGGAGCUCCUGCUCCAGUAGCUGUGGAUCUGGUACCCAGACGCGCUCUGUACUGUGCCAGAGUGGCUUCAUUGAGGAUUGUCCAAAGCCAAUGCCCGAGACUGAAGCGGCAUGUUCUUCCACUGAAAGUUGCAGCUGGGUGCCUUCGACGUUGAGUGAAUGCACAGCGACGUGCGGUGCUGGAACCCAAACUCAAUCCUGGAGCUGCCCAAGUGGCAAUGCUGCAGACUGUGGAUCUGAGCCGACUGCUGAAGUGGCUUGCUAUGCCACAUCAGGCUGCAUGUGGCUGACACUAGAUUGGGGCCAAUGUAGCAGCGGGUGUGGUUAUGGGACUCGAGAGCGCAACGUGACCUGCUCGGGUCCUUCGCAGGCAGACUGCGAUGGUCGAGCCCGCCCGGAUUCAACCGAAAUAUGUCACGACAUCGCAGAGUGCAGUUGGAUCUUGGGUGUGUGGGGAUCGUGCAGCGCAACAUGUGGAAAUGGCUUCCGGACAAGGGAGAUCUCAUGCUCCUCAGGCGUGGAAGGCGAUUGCGAUGCAUCCAAACCAGCAGUGGCAGAGGACUGCCGCGAGGUGACGGGCUGUCAGUGGAUAAUUUCGCCAUGGUCUGUUUGUUCCAGCUCCUGUGGACAGGGAUGGAUAAACCGGACCGUCUCCUGUGAAAGUGGAUCUCAGGCCGAUUGUGCUCAACCAGCACCUGCUACCGAAGAGGCUUGCUUUGAGUCCUUCUGCAAUUGGACAGUGAUGGAGUGGUCGGACUGCAAUGCCACAUGUGGCCCUGGCUUCCAACUACGAGAAGUCCUUUGCCCUGCUGGUGCGUGUGACGGUGAGGGCCCUGCCAGUGUUCAAGCUUGCGUUGGCAAUUCCGGAUGUACUUGGCAACUUGCAGAAUGGAGCACCUGCAGUACCAGCUGCGGCAGUGGAGUCAAGAACCGAUCAGUGUCAUGCCCAUCAGAAUAUUGGGAGGACUGCGGCCAAGAGCCCACUACUUUUGACACUUGCUCGUCAUACACUGGAUGCCAGUGGCAAGUGGGAGAUUGGUCGCAAUGCGAUGGAAAUGGGUGUGGUCAGCGAGUCCGGGCCGUGUACUGUCAAAGUGGGCAGGUGCAGGACUGUCAAGCAGAGGCUCAGCCAGCCAACAUCACGACCUGCGAUCUAGAGGUUUGUCUGGAAGUCACUUCAGACUCAGCUAGCUUUGAUUUGGUCCUCGAAGUCAACAAUGAAACGAGUGUGGAAAGUGUCAAAGGGUCAGUGCAAGAGGCUGUCGCUGACUCCCUGAAUGUUGAUGCAGAAGCCGUUUCUGUCGAGCUAGUGAACAACGGCAGAAGGUUGGCAGCUAUGCAGACUUUGGAAUUCAUUGUGGAGGUCCGGGAGGUAACGAAAGGAAUCUCAGAGUUCUUGGCUUCUGAGUCCAGCCUGACUGCUGUGGCCCAAGAUGUGGCGCAGGGUGGCUUUUUGGAGCAGUUGCACCAGCUAUGUGGAAUUUCCAAGUACGAGUACAACUUUGUCCAUCUUCCAUGGAAGCAACUGGCCAUUGUGAACUUCACCAGCACAGCGAUCUGUGAUCAUUGUUUUCAGGUGAUGAAACAGGCUGCGGGAGCUCCAGGUGUUUGUGUUGCAAAUCUGCAAGCAGGACUGCACCAAGGUUUGGCGGCAAACUUGGCAUACUUCUGUGCCAAGUGUUGCCAGCAGAGUGACUACAAGACUCUGCCGAUGAUUUUGGUAAAUGGAAAGGAAGUGCCUUUGGGGCUGGCCUGCGAGCUCUUUGUUAGCAAUGAUUUGCUCGUCCAAUACUUGGAGCACGUGCCAACACGUGGCAAGAUGGCAGAGAAGAAGGGCAAGAGCUACCAGCCUCGAACUGGUCAGAUGCUUUACGGCAAUCAGGGUUCAAAACCCGAUCGGCCGCAUUGCAACUUGCUACGCAACCAGACCGGCAUUUUCGUGGAGAAUGCCGAUCAAUGUUACGAUGCCGAAGGAGUUUCCGCCAUCGUCUUCAGAGUUCUGCUACUACGAAUCUCCUUGGAGACUGCAACACCUGGGCGCAAAACAGGUAGAGAAGUAGAGCAAGCCAUUUCUUCGCGACUGAAGUUGCAGAAGUUGCAGAAGUUGCAGUUGCAACAAGCUCGAGCGCGGCUGCGACGGGCACCUUUUCGUCGCCCGGAAGCUCUUGAGGAGGCAUCUACGAGUGAGGUUCCUGGAGUGGUAAAGGUUCCAACAUCCACAGCCAGCACCUCUCAAACAUUCCAGGUGGAACAGGUGACACUCAGCGCUGAUGAGGAGGAUGCCAAUCUACCACAGGACUCUGCGCUGGCACCUGUUCUUGGCAUCUCUCUGGCAGCGCUGGUGGUUUGUGGUGGCUGCCUUGCCUGGAGGGGCCGUCAGAGGCAAAUUAGUGCCCACGAGCAAGUGUCAACAACAAAAGGGGCCUGGGCAUCCAAGGAGCUCACACAAGUGCACCUGUACCCAUGGGACUAUGCAGCGGACAAAAUCGCCGGAAUGAUUUGGGCAAGUAACCAAAGGGUUCAUGCGGAGAUGGAAGAGGACACUCAGCCUAAUGUCUCGCCUAGUCCAACAAAUUGCCGAAUAUCUUCCGUUGCUCAAUCUCCGAACCCAGCACCUUCUGAGACUCCAUCCUUGUCCGCUUCAUAUGGAUCAGAAGCUGGGCAGGCUGUCGCUGCUGCUGCCUCCCAGGUCCGCACAGCGUGCACAGUUGUUGCAGCAGCAGCGCAGAUGACAAACACUGCUGGCUCCAUUGGAGAUGGUGAUAGCACUCGGCCAUCAAGUGGUACUUCAAACCGCUCUCCUGGUGAGGCCAUGCCAAGACCAGUUGCUCAGGUCGUUCAGUCUCAGACGGUUGCUUUGCCACGUGCACCAAGUGCAACAAGCGCACCGAGUGCACUGAGCGUUCCGGUUCCGAUUCCUGUUCCACCUCGAGGAGCUCGCUCUCCGAUGCGCAAGGUGAAUUGGCCAGAAGACAAUGCUGCGACGACACUUCGAGUAGCCGCAGCACCCAAAGAUGACGUCACAUUGGCACCCGAACCAUCCGAAGCGUCGAAGCCAUCCAAACCAUCCAAACCAUCCAAGCCUUUGGCGAGCAACGCACCAAGUUCCCAUCCAAGUUCCCAUCCAAGUUCCAUUCCAUUCCAUCUUCCACCCCCGUCCACACCGACAUCUGACACCUCUCCCAGCUCAUCGCCAAGCCGACCUCCUCGUAGUUCGCCCGUGGUGAGUGUCCGGGUCACAAGGAGAAGUGACGCAACGCACUCUGAGUCAUCUCAGCCAUCUCAGCCAUCUCAGCCGCGUCUUCACCAUCUUCCUGGUAUUCCUGUUGUGAAGGUAGAAGAUCGGAGAGAUUCCUGGGAACCGUCCAGGACCCCAAAUUCACAAACACCUCGCACGGACACUGAGUCUCCUCCCCCGCGGAGGCGACCCGGGCUUUCCGCAUUGAUCUCCUUUAGGGAAUCAGUGCUCAAGACUUUGGCGCGCCAAAACUGCGAGCCAAAGGAGCACAGUGCUGCGGUUGUUGCAGCCAUCUGGCAGUUGGUGAAUCGGUUGCCAAGCCUUUGUGGUGCGCUGUUGGAUCUGUUCGAGCGUAUCGUUCUUGGAAAGGCCGCGGCGCAGGCUCCGCAACAGACCUUUCAACGGCCACGGCCACCUGCAGAUGCCACCAAGGCCGCAAGGUCAGGCAGCGCCACCAGACUCUGCCCGGCAACUGGUGAUGCAAGGGCCGCAAGGUGUUCGCAUGCCUUCUGUGCCUGCGCAAAUGUCUGGUCUUUUGUCGAAUUCUUCGGCUCCUACAUGAGUGCAGGUCCAGACAUCACGGUGACAGUGGAUGAUGAGAUGGAUGCAUCACCAGGCCGAGUCACAGUUGAGGUGCACGUCCCAUCAAUGCCAUGGAGUGUGGAGCAGGAGAUGGAUGAGUUGUUGGCGAGAUGUCGAGAGGCCGAAGCCCAAAGUAGCAUCGGUCCUUGGAGCCAGGCAAACACUGCCUCUGUUUCUUCAACAGCUAGACGGCCAGAUAUGGUGUAUUUCCUGACAAUACAAGAGCAGCGAGUGGCGCUGGCAGUUCCAUCACCUCCUUCGCCUCGAUCACCCUCAGAGAUCUUAGAGCCCCGGCCACGGCGGCCACGGCGGCCACGGCCACGACAGCGCCCACAACGCCCCGGCUAUGUCUUGAACUUUCACUGCAGCCGACAAGAAGCGCGGAUUGAGGAGGAGGUGUCGCAGCAAAUGCACGAGGGGUCCAGUCCCAGGUCAGCAGAGGUGGGUGAGCAGCCCAAGAAUUGGGCGCCGCCGCACUUUUUGGAGCGACUUCGCCCUGAGGCAUGCUCUUGGAGCCCUCUCCGCAGCCGCACAUCCAGCCCCAAGAUGACUCCGGCAGGAACGACCUCCACCUGGAUGGGAUCUGAUCCCCCUGGCACUGCUUCAAGCGCCACCAACUCGGAGGCUGUUCCCCAACUCGAGGCACUGGAGACUCUGGACGCGAGCAGUUCUAGCCCAAAGAACCGAGGUAACCGAGGUAACCUAGGUUUUCUGGAGCCACCAGCAGCCCAAAUUUGGCGAAGGCGAACCAGCAGCAAGCCACGGCAAGUCUUGAUCUUUCCCAUGAAGGAGCAACGGAUCCGGAAGAAUAUGUCACCAGUUGCAAGGCCAAAAGGCAAGGUGCUCUGGCUACCACCCCUGCGCCAAGUGCCGGCUCCGCAUGCGAGCGUGUUGCCGCUGGAGCGCCGCAAUCGUGGCGCUCCGGUAGCGUCGGAGCUGGGACAGCUGGAAGAGGAGCAAAUUGCUGGCGAAGCUGGCGACAGUUCAUACUCGUGCUUGGGCAGCGGUGCCUCGUCGAUUGAGAUCGCACCCAAGUGAACAUGUUCUUGCCAGAAUUUUAGAGACUUGAAUAAAUAUGCGUCCUUGUGAAAUGAAAUCUCGCAGACGACUCAAGAGUUG